AUGCAAUUUCAGCUGAGCCUUUUUUUGCAUCUUGGGUGGCUCAGUGGCUGGAAAGCAGAAGAUGAAUGUGGCAGAGGUGCCUGCCGACCGAGCCCCGGCAAUCUCCUUGUGGGACGUAGUGCACAGCUUACUGCAUCUUCUACCUGUGGGCUGAAAGAAGCCCAACAGUACUGCAUUCUCAGCUACCUAGAGGGGGAACACAAAUGCUUCAUCUGUGACUCUCGACUUCCAUAUAAUCCGCACACCCAGCCCAACAGCCACACUAUUGAGAACGUAAUUCCAAGUUUUGAACCACACAGAGAAAAGACAUGGUGGCAAUCUGAAAAUGGUCUUGAUCAUGUCAGCAUCAGAUUGGACCUCGAGACACUAUUUCAGUUCAGUCACCUUAUACUGACCUUCAAGACUUUUCGACCUGCUGCAAUGUUAGUAGAGCGUUCCACCAACUAUGGACACACCUGGAAAGUGCUCAAAUAUUUUGCAAAAGACUGUGCUAUUUCUUUUCCUGGCAUCACUGCUGGCCAGGCCCAGAAAGUGGGAGACCUUGUCUGUGACUCCAGAUAUUCAGAUGUUGAGCCCUCAACUGGAGGCGAGGUUGUUUUAAAAGUUUUGGACCCUAGUUUUGAAAUAGAAAACCCUUACAGCCCCCAAAUUCAAGACCUUGUAACAUUAACAAACCUGAGGAUAAACUUUACCAAACUCCACACGCUUGGGGAUACUUUACUUGGAAAGCAACAAAAUGAUUCCCUUGAUAAAUACUACUACGCACUCUAUGAGAUGAUCGUUCGGGGAAGCUGUUUUUGCAAUGGCCAUGCAAAUAAGUGUGAGCCUUUACAGCAGGUGCAGGGAGACGUUUUCAGCUCCACAGCAGUGGUUCAUGGGCACUGUGUCUGUCAGCACAAUACAGAUGGCCCCAACUGUGAGCGAUGUAAGGACUUCUUCCAGGAUGCUCCUUGGAGGCCAGCUGUGGGUGCUCAGGACAGCGCUUGCAGAGCAUGCAGCUGUAAUGGCCACUCUGAGCGCUGUCACUUUGACAUGACCACAUACCUGGCCAGUGGUGGCCUCAGUGGAGGCGUGUGUGAGGACUGUCAGCACCACACCGAGGGCCAGCACUGCGAGCGCUGCAGACCCCUCUUCUACAGGGACCCCUUCAAGGCCAUCUCGGAUCCCUAUGCAUGCCUCCCUUGUGAAUGUGACCCUGAUGGGACCCUGUCUGGUGGCAUUUGUGUGAGCCACUCUGAUCCUUCCCUAGGAUCUGUGGCAGGCCAGUGCCUGUGUAAGGAGAAUGUUGAAGGAGCCAAAUGUGACCAGUGCAAACCCAGCUACUUUGGCCUGAGCGCCUCUGACCCUUUGGGCUGCAGACCCUGCGGCUGUCACCCCCUUGGGAGUCUUCCAUUUUCAACCUGUGAUGUGGAUACAGGCCAAUGCUUUUGCCGGGCCUAUACCACAGGACCACACUGUGAAGAAUGCACUACUGGAUCCUGGGGCCUAGGGGACCAUCUCCAUGGCUGUGCUCCCUGUGACUGUGCUAUUGGAGGUGCUUAUUCCAACAUGUGCUCACCCAAAGAUGGGCAGUGUGACUGCCGCCCACACGUCACUGGCCGCAGAUGCACGGAACCUGCCCCAGGUUAUUUCUUUGCUCCUUUGAAUUUCUAUCUCUAUGAGGCAGAGGAAGCUUCACCUCUCCAAGGACUUGCACCUUUGGCCAAUAAAUUUACAUUCCUCUCCAUGACUUUUGGCCAGGUGUCUGCUGUUCACAUUGUUUUGCCAGAGCUGGAAGCUGGGAGCCCUGUUACGUGGACUGGACCUGGAUUUGCCAGGGUUCUCCCUGGGGCUGGCUUGAGAUUUGCUGUCAACAACAUUCCUUUUCCUAUGGAUUUCACCAUUGUUGUUCACUAUGAAACUCAGACUGCAGCCGACUGGACUGUCCGGAUUGUGGUGAACCCCCUUGCCGUGAGUGACCAUUGCAUUCACAGGAUGCCACAACUAACACCUCUGGCAUUUACCUUGCCAGCAGCUUCCAGACUCACACUACUUCCCACACCCAUCUGUUUAGGACCAGAUGUGCAAUAUUCCAUAGAUCUCUAUUUUUCUCAGCCUUUGGAAGGAGAGUCUCAUGCUCAUUCUUACAUCCUGGUUGAUUCUCUUGGCCUUGUUCCCCAUGUCAAUUCACUGGAGGGUUUCUGCAGCAAGCAGGACAUGGAGGAGUACCAGAUGCAUGGCUGUGCUGAGACAGCCUGGGAAGUGGAAGCUGGAGUGGUCCCUGAGGCAUGUGAAAGGCUCGUGGUCAGCUUAUCUGCCCAGAUGCACGAUGGGGCGGUGGCCUGCAAGUGUCACCCCCAGGGUGCAGUUGGGACCAACUGUAGCCGACUUGGAGGCCAGUGCCAAUGUAAACCUCUCGUGGCCGGGCGCUGCUGUGACAAGUGCUCCGCUGGAAGCUACAGUUUGGGGCAUCAUGGCUGUCACCCAUGUCACUGCCACCCUGAAGGUUCCAAGAGCACAGUAUGUGACCAAGUGACCGGCCAAUGUGCCUGCCAUGGAGAGGUCACUGGCCGCCGUUGUGAUCGGUGCCUGGACGGAUACUUUGGAUUUCCCAGCUGCCAUCCUUGCUCUUGUCAUGGGUUUUCUGAACUCUGUGAUCCAGACACAGGGUCAUGCUUCAAUUGUGGAGGCUUUACAACAGGAAAACAUUGUGAGAGGUGCAUCGAUGGUUACUAUGGAAAUCCUACUUCAGGACAAUCCUGUCGUCCUUGUCUGUGUCCAGAUGGUCCCUCAAGUGAUCAGUAUUUUGCCCAAUCCUGUUCUCAGAGUCCUUGGAGCUCAGAUAUCAUCUGCAACUGUCUCCAAGGUUAUUCAGGGACUCAGUGUGAAGAAUGUGCUCCUGGCUUCUAUGGCAACCCAAGAGUUUCUGGAGAGCCUUGCCGGCCAUGUGCCUGCAACAACAACAUAGAUGUAACUGAUCCUGAGUCCUGCAGCCGGGUCACAGGGGAGUGCCUCCGGUGUUUGCACAACACUUGGGGCCCGCACUGCCAGCUCUGCCAACCGGGGCAUUUUGGAUCAGCUCUCAAUCAGACCUGCAAAAGGUGCUCCUGUCAUCCAUCUGGAGUGAAUCCCCCUGCGUGUCCCCCUGAUGCGGGAGUGUGCCUCUGUGACCCUGUCACUGGUGUGUGCCCUUGCCUGCCCCACGUCACAGGCCUGGCUUGUGACAGUUGUGCUGAUGGAUACUGGAAUCUAGUUCCUGGCAGAGGAUGCCAGCCUUGCAACUGUGACCCCCAGGGCUCUCAGAGUAGCCGCUGUGACCAGCUUACAGGCCAGUGUCCGUGCAAACUGGGCCAUGGUGGGAAACGCUGCAGUGAGUGCAAGGAAAAUUACUACAGUGACCCAUCCAGACAAUGCAUCCCAUGCAAGUGCAACAGUGAAGGAACCCGGAUGCCUCUGUGUGACCCAGACACAGGCAUGUGCCACUGCCGGGAGGGUGUUAGCGGCCAGCAAUGUGACCACUGUGCCCGGGGUCACAACCAGGAAUUCCCUGCUUGUCUUCCAUGUCACUUCUGCUUUGAUCAAUGGGACCACACCAUUUCUUCCCUCUCCAAAGCAGUGCAAGGGUUAAUUGCUAACAUGGAAGAUAAAAGAGAGACCCUGACUGGCUGUGAGGUAGACUUCCAAAACCUCAGAGAGAAUGUAUCUGCAAUCGAGAGGCUUUUGAAACAGCCUCUUCACUCACCUGGAGAAUUCUUAAAAGUCAAAGACUAUCAUGACUCUGUGAGGAAACAAUUCAUGCAGCUAAGUGAACAACUGAAAACAGUAUAUGAAUUUAAAGAUCUAAAGGAAACUAUAGAAAGAAUGGAGAAUGAAACAGACAUUUUACUUGAAAACCUUCAGGAGGAAGUUGAUUUGCAAUCCAGCAUCCUUAAUGCAAACAUUAUAGAUUCCUCAGAAAACAUCACAAAGUAUUAUCACAUAUCAGAAUCUGCUGAAAAGAAAACUAAUGAAACCAGUUCCAUCAUAAAUAACUCUGAAAAUACCAGGAACAACUUACUUACCAUUUUAGAUACAGUCACUUCUAAAGAAGACUUGUUACUGAGAAAAUUAGAGCAGAUUAAGGUACCAGAUAUCCAGAAACUCAAUGAAAAGGUAUGUGGAGAACAAGGGAGCUUGCCUUGCAAUCUGUCAUCCUGUGGGGGCUCUGUCUGUACAGGCCCUGAGGGGCUCCAGCAGUAUGAUGGUCCCGGCUGCCAAGGCCUUCUGACCCUCUCAAGGAACAUUCUUCAGAAAGCCCAGGAAGCAGAGGCUGUGAUCCACCAUUUGGAGAACCAGACUCAAGGGUUGACGAAUCAGAUUAAAAACAUAAGUGAACUGGCAGAAGUCUCUGGAAACAAUGCCAUACGGCUGAGUAUGAAACUAGAAAAUAUGAAAAACCAAAGGGAAUCUGAGGAAAAAAAACUGAACUUCUUAAUCAAAAAAGCGAAAAAGAUUUUGUUAGAGGAAAAUGUGCCUCCAGAAGAUAUAGAAAAAGUUGCAAAUCGUGUACUUAACAUCCACCUUCCAAUAACCUCACAAAAUCUAACCCAUGAACUUGACGAAAUACAGACAUUUGUACAACUCUGUGAGGACUACAGGAUAGAUGUGAACAGGCUAAAUAAAGCAGCAGAUGGAGCCCAAAAACUUUUGGUGAAGGCCAAAGCAGCUGAGAAAGCAGCAGAUGGUCUAUUAAACCUUGACAAAACAUUGAACAAGAUGCAACAAGCUCAAAUCACCCAAAGACAAACUAACACUUCUAUCACACAGUUGACUGUUGAGAUAACAAAAAUAAAAAAGAAUGUACUGCAGGCAGAAAAUCAAGCAAAAGAAAUAAAGAACAAGCUGAAUUUCACAAAGCAACAGCUGGAGCUGGAGGAUGAACUGACCCUGCUGCAGACCAAGUGGCAAAGGAGCCAAGACCUAAUGGGCAGAGCGAAAUCCCAGGCUGACUCUGCUCUUCACCAGGCUGGGAGAGCUGAGAAGGAAUUUGUUGAGCUGGAAAAUCAGUAUGCUAUUCUUGAGCAUGAGACAAGUGCCAGAGGACUAACAAUGGAAGCUUGGGGGAAAGUCAUUCAGCUAAAAGAAGCAGCAGUGAAACUAGCUGAAGAAACAGAGGACAAGAUAACAAGGAUCGCUGAGUUAGAAAAGAAGAUCCAAGAUUUGAAUGUAAGUAGACAAGAAAAAGCUGAUCAACUGAAACAAUUGGAACAUCAAGUUGUUGCCAUCAAAAAUGAAAUUGUUGAGCGAGAAAAGAAAUAUGCCAUCUGCUAUAAUUAGUGUCCAAGCAAAAGCUUCUGCCUGGGUUUCUUGCUGCUGCUGUCCAAAUCCAGACUGAAUUUACAAUAUACUAAGGUCAGAGUCUUCUCCCUUCCUUACCCCAUUUCUUCACUGCAAGUCUAUUCCAGGUGGAGGGAGAAACUGGGCCAGAGAAAUAGCAUUUCCAUGUAAUUUUAUAUCAGACUAGGGGAAUGAAAUAUUGUUUCUGUUCUUCCAUGCGAUUGUUUCUAACACAUUUAUAAGAUUAUUUCUUUGUUGCUUUGUAUGUCCCUCCCCCACAGUA